AUGAGUGCUUAUCAGCCUCAUAUUAUUGCUGCUCCAAAUGAGCAUAAAAUUCCGUUCCCAGUCCAUGUCAGUCUCUCCAAAGUUCAGUUUUGUAAGGAGUAUGGCUCGCGACUUUUAGCUGCCUCAGGAUGGGAUGGAACUGUACAUAUUUACACCCUUGGAAAUAAUGGGCAUUCCGAGGAAAAACGAUACUACUACCACGGCAAACCCGUUUUAGCGUUCACUUUCACGGGUGGAAGCAGAAUAGCAAGCGCUGGACUUGAUCAAAUUGUGAAAUUGGUCGACAUUGAGACAGGAAGGGAACUCAAUAUGGGAGCGCACAGUAAUGGAAUUCGGUGCAUGGAAUACAACGAUCAGGGUGGCAUUGUUGUUACAGGAAGUUGGGACUCAACAGUGAAGAUAUGGGAUGCUCGUGCUACGGCUCCUGGUGGUCCUUUGAAGAGCGUAGGUGUUGGAGACCGCGUUUAUGCACUUGAUGUUCUCGGUGACAAAAUAGUGGUGGGAACCCGUGAUAGGAAGAUCCAGUUAUUUGACAUGCGCAAUCUUGCCACUCCUGAACAAGUGCGGGAUAGUCCACUCAAAUACCAAACUCGUUGUGCUGCCUUCUUCCCGACCGGCGAUGCAUUUGUGGUUUCAUCAAUCGAAGGGCGUGUUGCCAUCGAAUAUGUUGAUCCUUCACCUGAGGAACAAAAGAAGAAAUAUGCUUUCAAGUGUCAUAGGAGCAAAGAAGACGGUGUAGAAUGCAUAUAUCCUGUUAAUGCGCUUGCGUUCCAUCCUAUUAAUGGCACCUUUGCUACUGGAGGGUCUGAUGCGAUGGUUAAUUUGUGGGAUCCUUUCAAUAGAAAGAGGCUGGUACAACUUCACAGGUUCCAAACGACAAUAGUUUCACUCUCGUUCAAUUACGAUGGGUCACAGCUUGCUAUUGCCUCGUCGUUCAGCUUCGAAUAUGAGCCUGCUCCUAACCCUUUACCGGAGAAUACUGUUACAGUAAGGCAUAUCAGCGAUGCCGAGAGUAAACCUAAGUAG